AUGGCUUCUGAAGGAGCAUCUACAGUGCUGGGAGUGGAUGGGACCAUGAACCCUGGUGCCUCCAUGAUUCCUUUCAUGACACUACCCUUUUCCCUACCCACUACUGGCCUCACACACCAGCCACCUUGGGAGCAGCACCUGCUGCCCCUCAAGACCACGCCAUUUGUUCCUGGCCACUCCUUGGUGCUGCCAGCUUUGUCCAGGACGCCUCUGGUGGCAGAAGAUGCUGGUCAUGGCCCUGUUGGGACUGGACCUUGCAACAUCAUGGUCCAAGUCAGGUCAGAAGCAGGGCAACCACAGUGUUCCCAGACUCAGACCAUUGUCCUGAAUCAGACCUCUCUCAAUUGGAGUGCUCCAGUGGCCACCUGUGGGGGUUCUGCAUGUCCUGCACUCGUAUUUGUGGAAGACUCUAUGGUGGAGAAGAUUAUGCCGACCUCGACUUUUGGGGACACCCAGGCUGGUGAGGGAAGCUGGUGUUCCAGCCUUCCUCCUCAAGCUCCACCACCAGCUGCCCAGCUGGCCCACUUCAUCCCCCCAGUAAACGCUGGGCCACAGCCACAUGGGGAUUCCAGGGAGGAUGACCUGGCCACCUUCCACUCCAAGGCCUCGCUGGAUGACUCCUGUAAUCCUAAGAGUGUGUACAAGAACUUCCAAGGUUGGCAGCACUUCAAGGCCCUGGCCCGGAGGCACCUUCCCCAGAAUUCUGAUGCAGAAGCUCUUUCCUGCUUUCUCAUCCCAGUGCUCCAGUCUCUGUCCCUCCUGAAGCCCACCAUCAUGCCGGAGGAGGGAAUAGGGCAGGCCAUGUAGGAAUGGCAGCCCAAAAGCAACUUUGACCAGAUGAUCUAUUACAACAUGGCAGAAAAGUUCAUGGAGUUUGAGAUGAAGGAGGAGAUGCAGCACAGGAAGGGGGUGCAGGGCUUGCCUCCUCUGGAUCCAUUGAGGCCUGACUCGCAUGUGCUCCCAGAUCCAGUGGUGGGCCCGCAGUCAGAGUGCAUUCCCAGGGAGGCUGUACCCAGGGCCCAGAGCGCCCACAGAUGUGAAUGGCCCUGGGAGACCAAGGCACCCCGUGAUGUCUCCCCUGAGGUCAUGCAAGAGUACUCGGACAUCAUGGAUGGGCUGGUGGGACUGGCCCACUCAGCCGUGAGGGAGCCAGAUGGAGAAUGGGGAGAAGACAGAAGGGAACCACAGCAGGAGGAAGAUGGGACCUACCUGGACCCGGGUCUCCUGAACUACAUUGACAAGCUGUGUUUCCAGGAAGAUUUUGUCACCAAGGUGGAGGAGUCCAUUCACCCCAGAUACCUGGCACAAUUGCUUUCCCCAGAAGCACAGUUGGAUCUCUUGGCUCUAGUUGAGGAGCUGUUAGAGCAAGAGGAAGGACUCACUCUUGUCCAGCUGUUAGAGAAACUACGUCUGGCCUCGAAGGAGGAGGAGGGUGUGCAGGCACCCCUGAGUCUUGGUGCACUCCAACUGGACUCAAGUCUUUCUGAGUCUGUGGCCAGCCAAGAUGCCCAGAGGCCUGACCACAGUCCCCAGCUGGGAGUCAAUAACAAAGCCUGCCCACCAGAGACUGACUUCAAGGACCAUCAAAGGCACUGUCGAGAAGAUGUCCACCUGUCUAGGCCCAAAGCCUUUGCUAUCUCUUCAGGACGUCAAGAGUGCCCACUACUCUGGGCUCCACGCCCCUGCUCUGCUCCCUUGGGUGAUGGGCACACUUACUCUGGACUGGGACCCAGGGAUGCCUCCAUUCCCAGACAGACCUCUCUUGUUAGGGACAGGCCAAUGGACAGGAUUCGAGGGAAUGAGGAGGACCUCCCCCACCUGGCCUCUUUGGCCUCUCCAAACAGCCUGUUGUCCUGUCCACACUCUCUGAGUCCUGUCCCUGCCUCAGGCCUUGCCUGCCCUGGAGGUCACGGGCCCCGGGGACCUGCCCAGUCCCAGCCUCAGAAGAGAAAGUGUGAGGAGCCUGUCGCAGGGGGUUGGAGGAAGCGGCACUGCGGCCAGGAUGGAGCAGUGGGGUGGCCUUCCGGCUGCCAGUCCCCUGGGGUCCCAGACUAG